AUGGCUGAAAUGGGCAUUAAAAACACCGAGAACCCGUUGCCUACACCAGCUGUCACCAACGCCGUUUCUGAGAAUACACUAGAAUCAGAGGAUUGGAAGCAUAGACCACCAUACCAUAUUCAAGGUCAAGACGAAUUUGGUCCCAUCAAGUGGAGGGGAUCAUGCAAAUGUGGAAAAAUCACAUAUGCUUUGAACCGAGACCGGCCUUUAAACGCCAAGUUUUGCCAUUGUCGAGGAUGCCAGGUCAUGCAUGGCGCUCCUUUCCAGUGGGCUGCGAUCUUUCACAAACAUGAUAUCUCAUUCGACAAGGGCUCUAGUGGCCUGGCAUUCUUCUCGGCCUCCAAGAAUUCCCAGCAAUACGAUAUGCCCACCAAAGUGUCAUGCAGCUAUUGUCACACCCUUAUUAUGGACGAGGGUCGCACGACCUGUUUGCUGUUUCCGCAAUUAAUCGAGCGCGAGGGGUCACAGGAUGAGCGGCGCAAACAGUUGGAGGUAUUCAAACCGACUUGUCAUAUCUAUUAUGAAGAUCGCAUGUUCGACGUUCCCGAUGAACUCCCCAAGUGGUCCGAGAUGGAUGGCAAAAGUCAGCGGCUUGACGACCAUGGCAAACCUAUUCACUGA